AUGAUGCCCAUGAGGUCACAUACGGCCGACUCUUUGCCCACAUUGGGAGACACCCUCGGCAGGAUCAGCAGCGACGAUAACUCAAAUCCGGUCCUGGUGCUGCCCCAACGAUUCGAUCGGCAAUGCAGCAACCCCAUCGUGACGGCGUUGUCACCGGCCCCUAGCCCCAGACCAGCCCAACCCCAGCGGGAAAAGUCCCACCUUCGACUAAGAAGCGAUUCGGGCCUGGCAUUGCACACAAAUCAGCCUCCCUUCCGCCAACGCGCACACUCUAACUCGGGCUUCCUUAGCCCAGAUCUGGGCGGGUUCGUGACCAACGGCAAGGUCCUCCCAGACUUCUUCGAACCAGCCAUGGUCAAACUGGCAUUCUCCAACAAAGAGACGGUUGAAGAGUAUUCUCGGGCGCUCGGAGAUAUCAUUUCCUCCAUGAGCUACAUAUCCUCGAAUUUUACCGGCACGACCGCAACCUCACCGCUCGAGCUCUCGUCAGAGGUGGCUAGUGCUCUCAAGUCAAACAUCAAGUACUGCGCAGGAGCAGCGCUGCCCGCCCUUGACAAAGUUUACCAGGAGGCGAAAGCUACGGCGGAGGACCGAUUAUCUCGGAGUCUUUACCCGGAAUUUGUCAAAUACCAGCUCUCUCGGUGUCUGACGACUUCGUUAACGCCAAACCGUUCCCUGACCGGCGAGGUCAAUACUCCUUACCCCGGUCUCGCCGAGGCCUUCUGCCUUACGGACCCCCAUAAGCCCGACAAUCCUGUCAUCUUCGCCUCCGACGGGCUAUUGUCUAUGUCGGGCUAUUCGCGAAGACAACUGGUUGGUCAAAAUUGCCGCCUCCUUCAGGGGAUCGGUACCGACGGGGAGGCGGCAUUCCGGCUCAGCCAAGCCGUAGGGGCUGGAAGAGAGGCUACCGAGCUACUCAUCAAUUACCGCCCCGACGGAACACCCUAUUGGAACCUCUUAUUUAUUUGUCCUCUGAUGGAGAAUGGGAGUGUGCGGUAUUUCCUUGGCGCUCAGGUUAACAUAUCGGAGAAUCUGGGGUCCGAUUACAAGGAGAUCAUGUCUGUCUUGAACUCUGGCCGACCUCUAGAGGAACAACCCGCGCUAUCCCCCGAAUCUCCUACAUCCCCGGGUUGGCCGGCACAGCAGAGUUCCGACAAACUAGAACUCGUCCAUGCAAAUGACCAACAAAAAGAGAAGCCAGGUUCCCGCCGCCGGCGCUUCUUCGGCCGCUUCCACCGAAAACCACCGUCCUCGCGUGCCUCUUCCCCCUCGCGCGCCAGUACGGUGUCCGAGCCCGCAGACGACAGCCCACCACCCGUCACACCCUCCCGGUACUGCCCUCCCCUCAGUCCCCUCAGCCCACAUAUGGAGCUGCAUCAGCCCCGCCCGUCCGAACAGCAACUCGACGAAAACAGCACGCCAUACUCUCGCUUCCUAGUCAUGCGCUACAGCGACUCCCGCCCACCCUCGGCGAGCCAACACCACCGCUCACAGUCCCGCAGCCGACGACUCACCCGCGACGAGCGCGGCCGCAGCGGCGGCACCCCGCGGCUCCCCGUAUCCUUCUGCUCCUCGCACGCCCUCGCCCUGCUCGGCCUCAAGACCCAGUCGGAGCCCCAGCCCCACGACCCCGAGGCCUCCCUCCUCGGCUGCGACAUCUUUGCCGUGCUGUCCUCGCACCUCGGCUCGCCCACCGUCAACCGCGCCUUCAAGGCCGACGUGCUCGCCCGGCUCGCCCGCGGCGAAAGCAUCACCACCGACCUAAUGGCGCGCGCGAACGGCAGCGGCGGCGGCGGCGGUCUCGGGACGGAGGGGUCGGCGGUGGGGGUUGGGAUCGGCGGCGGUCGGCACCCGGGCGCGGUGAGGGUGCCGCCGCCGCCGAAGACACCUACUGCGGCGGGGCCGGCUAUCCAGAUUAAUGGCGCUGCUGCUACGUCGGGGUCGGCCACGUCGUCGGGGGAGGCCUUGGUCGGGGAGGCGAGGCCGCCGAGGGCUGGUGCUGCGCUGGGUCGCGGGGCGGGGUUCUUUAUCCCUCCCCGCAAGUAUUCAACAGGGACGACCAAGACCAGGCGGGUAGCUCAACGGUUACUGCCCGCGGUGGUCCCGCCCACGGGCAGCUAG